CAAGAUUCAAAAAACUGUGGACCGCGACAAUACAUCGUUCCCAAAUUCUUUUCUAUAAACCUAUCUCAGUUCCCCUCUUCUGUUCUGUCCAUUGUCUUCGGGGAUCAGAGUGUUUGUGACUCUACUAGAGCUUUGUUUUUGGUUUUUCAUUUUGAAAGUCUUUUGUUUCACUCUUCUCCUUUCCUCUUUACUAGAUAAUAGUGGUAGAGAUUGAGGUGCGUUGCAGAGACGAGCUAGAUCGCCGGUUUCUCAUCGGAGACGGGGGCGUUGAAAAGGGUUUAUUCUAAAGAAGCUUCCUACGACUCUCUCUUUAGGUGUCUGCACUGUUCAUGUAGUCUUGGUUUGAUGAUCUGAUUCUUGGACUGGAUGUGAAAAUGCAAAGAUCACGGAGAGCUCUUAUUGUUAGAAGAAAAAGAGCUUAUGAGAGUAAUUCUAGUGGAAGGAACCGCCUCUACAAAGUUUCAUUGUCUCUCGUUUUUCUCAUAUGGGGCCUUUUCUUUUUAUCUACUUUGUGGAUUAGUCAUGGAAAUGGUGACAAAGGGAGGUCUUUAGGACAUGGUGAUCUAGAUGAUGCUAGUGCAAAUGAGACAGCUGAACAUGUUGAUGCGCCAUCACUACUAGACUCUACAUUUGUUCAUUCUACUCAUGAUAUACCUUCAACCGAAAGAAUCAGAAACGUACACAUUAUAUCGAAGCAAGUAGAAGUCAAUAACACAAUUACGGAAAAUCUCACCGAAAGCAAAGACAGUUCACAAAAUGAGAUGAUUAGUCCAGUGAAUAAUACAGAGACUAAUGCUUCAAAGCUUGAUCAGCUACCUCGUGAUGUUUCGUUUGGCCUUGACGAGUUCAAGAGCCGGGUGUCCAACUCUAGAGACAAAUCUUUGUCUAGCCAAGUCAGCGGCAUGACUCACAGGAUGGAACCUGGUGGGAAAGAGUAUAACUACGCAGCGGCGUCAAAAGGAGCUAAGGUAUUGUCUUCUAACAAGGAAGCAAAAGGAGCUACAAGCAUCAUAAGCCGGGACACAGACAAGUACCUUCGGAACCCGUGUUCAACUGAAGAGAAGUUCGUUGUCAUAGAACUUUCAGAAGAAACGUUGGUUAACACAAUCAAGAUUGCAAAUUUUGAGCAUUACUCUUCUAAUCUCAAGGACUUCGAGAUUCUUGGAACGUUGGUUUAUCCUACUGAUACUUGGGUUCAUCUAGGGAACUUUACAGCUUUAAACAUGAAGAACGAGCAGAACUUUACAUUGGCUGAUCCUCAAUGGGUGAGAUAUCUAAAGCUAAGUUUCCUAAGCCAUUACGGUUCGGAGUUCUACUGCACCUUGAGUUUGCUAGAAGUCUAUGGAGUGGAUGCUGUGGAACGAAUGCUGGAGGAUUUGAUAUCUAUCCAAAACAAAAACAUAGUGAGACAUCAAGAAGAGCAGAAAGAGAAGAAGGAGAAGAAGCCAGUACAAGAUGCAGACUCCUCCGAGUGCGAUGAGAACGGGAGUACGGAGAAGGAACAAGAAACCACACAAGAGACUGCAGUUGUGCAAAAGGUGCCUGAUCUGAUGGAAGAGAUAAAACUUCAUCAACCAGGAAGCAGAAUGCCAGGGGACACGGUCUUGAAGAUACUGAUGCAGAAGAUAAGGUCAUUAGACUUGAGCUUUUCAGUGUUGGAGAGUUACUUGGAGGAAAUGAGUUCUAGAUACGUGAGGAUAUUUAAAGAGAUGGAUCAAGAGGCUGGAAAGAGAGAGAAGGAGGUGGCGGUUAUGAAAGUGGAGUUACAGGGAAUGAAAGAGAGUGAAGUGAAGAUGAAGGAUGAAGCAACGGAGACAAGAGAGUGGCGGAAGAGAGUAGAGAUAAAGCUUGAGAAGGGUGACAAGGAGAAGGAGAAACUGAACGAGAGGUUGGAGCAAGUGUUGGAAAGAAUGGAGUGGAUGGAGAAGAAAGGUGUGGCUGUGUUCACCAUCUGUGUUGGGUUUGGGGCUAUCGCGGUUGUAGCUGUGGUUCUUGGGAAAGGGACAUGUAGAGCAGGAUUGUCUGGUGGCUUAGCUUGGCUGCUGCUGUUGAUAAAUUCUACUGUAGUUAUGUUCGUUUUGUCUCUCUGAUGAGAUAGAGUUUCUCAAUUUUGUUCGUAGUUUCUUUUUAUUGUAGAAGUAGUAGUUGAGUCUUUUUUAUACAGAAAUAAAACAUACUAGUUCAAAAGAAGAUCAGUUUUGC